UCAGCCGGCAGUUGGCAGCCCUCCGUUAAUUAAAAAGGAAGGGCACACAGACCACAGGAAUGUGUGUGUGUGUGUGUCUGUGGUGUGGUGUGUGGAUGGGCAAACUCGGUGUGUGUGUUGAACCCACACACACCUUCUUCCUUGCCCACCCGAGCAGCCCAAUGACCAUUCCUGCCCUGCCCGUCGCAACUCAGGUACGCUGGACCGGGGCCACUUGUGGCCCAUACACAGUACGUACGCGCUGGGCUUUUGGUUUGUCUCCUGCAGAAUCUGGGACACACACACCACACUACACCACACACAGGGGCUGCGAGCCAUGGUUGUUUUUAUUUCUAGUCUGUUCGGCUGAUUCUUAUCGCCUAUCGAUCGGGCGGGUUUCCAGCUGGACGGUGCCGGCCUUCUAUACCACUCCCGGUUUAAUGCGACGGGGGGAAAAGGGAAUUUGGGAGGGGCGGUGGUUCACUGCUGCCCAACUGCGCCCAGGGGGAGGAAAUAUGAAAAGUAAAAUAAGGGAAGUGAAUAAUGAACCCACCUUAACCUAACUAAAGGGAAAGGGGAAAAUCAUAAUCAAGGAAUAAAAUCACUAACAAGAAAGAGGUAAUAGAGUCAGGGAUGACACUACCAACAGGGCUGGAAGCAGAAACAAACUAAGGAGUCUCAGCUAACUAAGUAUUUACUUCCUAGUCCCUUAGCGACCAACCAGGGUGGACAUCGGCCGUCAUACCUUACGCGGUGCAUCCAUGCAGACGGCCGGGGAGCAGCUCCCGGUCUGCUGGUUGACUGGUGAAUCAACUAAAUAAAGGAUUUUUAGGCACA